UGUUGUAUAAUUGUAUAAAAAUUUGUGUGGUGACGUUGUUUAAAAUAGAUAAAAAUAAUAAUAAAAAAUUAGUGUGUUUGGUGAUUGAAAAUGAUUUGUUUGAGUAUUUUUAAAUUGUUAUUCCUUUUAAAAGUGUGUAAAUUGGAAGUAAUACUUGGCGUUACACAGGGGAAUUUGGAAAACGUAAUCCUACUGGAAAAACAAAAGUUUCUCGGAUAUCAUAAAAAUAUUAUUAACCUCUUCAAUCGCAAUCAUAACAAUACUCACAACACUCUCAACACUCUCAACACUGUGGAAACUCCUAAUACCACUCCUAAAACUGAAGAAAUUGGAAUAAAAAGAGGUAUGGAUAGGAGGAAAAAUGUGUUAAUGAAGUUUGGAAAUAAGUUGAAGAAAUAUGAAGUCACCGAUCAAAACAAUAAUUACCCCAGCUCCAACACGCCAGACACUCCUAACACAGGGUAUAACACAGGAUAUGGUAAUGGGUAUGGAGGAUAUGGUAAUGGGUAUACGGGGGGUGACAUGGGACAGAGUCAAAACAUGUCACCACAGCCUGUGACCCAGGCACCACAGCCUAUGACACCAAAUCCUAUGGGACAAACAACUAAUCCCAGUCCUGCGAAUUCUAAUCCUCCGAAUUCUAAUCCUAUGGUACAGAAUCAAUCUGUGCCUGAAGGGUAUCCAAAUCCUAAUUACCUACCGCCAAAUCCUGCGAAUCCAGCAGUGUUACCAAAUCCUACGGGGGAAUAUCCAAAUCAGUAUCCAAAUCAGUACCCAGGAGAAUAUCCUGGAGAGUAUCCUGGGCAAAAUCCUUAUCAACAGUAUCAACCAAUGAACAAUAUGAACAAUGGGAACAAUGGGAAUAAUGGUGAAAAAGACAUACAUGACAGCUGGAAAUGCAUGUUCUUGUAA